CGGCGCACGGAGGACAGCGGUGACGGCGGCAUGCGGCGGCUCGUGUUGCCCACCGUGGGCUGAGGCGGCCGCAAGCACGGGCGGGAGGCGCGGCUGCCGUGCACGCCGAGGGCGCAGCCAAGCCGCACCGAGCGCGCGGCAGCCAGAGCAACGCGCCAUGGGCCGAGCCGGGGGCGGGGGCUCAGGCCGGGGGCCGCCGCUAGUGCUGCUGCUUCUGGGGGCCACGCUGGUCCUCACCGCUGGGGCCGUGCCGGCACGCGAGGCGGGCAGCGCGAUCGAGGCAGAAGAGCUGGUGAGGAGCGGCCUGGCAUGGGAGCCGCGUGCCAAUGACACGCGGGAGGAAGCCGACCUGCCAGCAGCUGGGGAGGAUGAGACCUCGUGGACAGCGCCCGGCAGUGAGCUGGCUGCGGUGGGCCCUGGGGUCGGGCCAGAGGAGGCACUGGAGGCAUCGGCUUCAGUGACUGGCACAGCCUGGCUAGAGGCAGACAGUCCAGGCAUGGGUGGAGUGACUGCAGAGGCUGGCAGUGGCGACGCCCAGCCCCUUCCAACUACACUCCAGGCUCCUGAUGAGGCCCUUGGGCCGGCUACAGUGCCCCCUGCUACCCCAGAGGCUACUGAAGCCAGUGGGCCUCCCUCCCCAACUACCCAUGAUAUGCCUAGUGGAGGCCCAGAACUCCCUAAGGAGAGCCCCUUGGAGGUUUGGCUGAACCUGGGAGGAAGCACACCUGACCCUCAAGGGCCAGAGCCUACUUAUCCCCUUCAAGGCACUCCAGAGACCCAACCAGCUUCAGAUAUAAUUGACAUCGACUACUUUGAAGGACUGGAUAGUGAGGGUCGUGGUGCAGACCUGGGCAGCUUCCCAGUGUCACCAGGUACCUCAGAGAAUCACCCUGAUACUGAAGGAGAGACCCCUUCCUGGAGCCUGCUUGACUUAUACGAUGACUUCACCCCCUUUGAUGAGUCGGAUUUCUACCCUACCACAUCCUUCUAUGAUGAUUUGGAAGAGGAGGAGGAGGAGGAAGAGGAGGAAGAUGACAAGGAUGCAUUGGGAGGUGGAGACCUGGAAGAUGAAAAUGAACUUCUGCCCUCUCAGAAGCCUGGUUUCGGGCCUGGAACAGGCCAGCCCACCAGUCGGUGGCAUGCUGUACCUCCACAGCAUACUCUGGGGAUAGUCCCUGGCAGCAGCAUUGCCCUCAGGCCCCGCCCAGGAGAGCCAGGCAGGGACCUGGCCUCAGCAGAAAAUGGCACUGAGUGCCGCAGCGGCUUUGUCCGGCAUAAUGGUUCCUGCCGAUCAGUGUGUGACCUCUUCCCAAGUUACUGUCACAAUGGAGGCCAGUGCUACCUGGUGGAGAACAUAGGGGCCUUCUGCAGGUGCAACACACAGGACUACAUCUGGCACAAGGGGAUGCGCUGCGAGUCCAUCAUCACUGACUUCCAAGUGAUGUGUGUGGCCAUUGGCUCAGCCGCCCUGGUGCUGCUCCUGCUGUUCAUGAUGACCGUGUUUUUUGCCAAGAAGCUCUACCUGCUCAAGACUGAGAAUACCAAGCUGCGGAGGACCAACAAAUUCCGGACCCCAUCUGAGCUCCACAAUGAUAACUUCUCCCUCUCCACCAUUGCUGAGGGCUCUCACCCAAAUGAUGAUUCCAGUGCUCCCCACAAAAUCCAAGAAGCUCUCAAGUCCUGCCUGAAAGAGGAGGAAUCCUUUAACAUCCAGAACUCCAUGUCACCCAAACUUGAGGGGGGCAAGGGUGAGCAGGCUGAGCUGGAGGUGAACUGUCUGCAGAAUAACUUAACCUGAAGAGGAGGGAAAAGAGAGGACAUGGGGGGGCGGGGGAGGGAAGGAUCAGAAACUCCUCUUGUACAGAGUCGAUCUCAUGUAGCCAUUUGUUAAGCCUUUCUUUUCUGAUAUCAUGGCAUGCUCUGAUGUGUUUUGUACAGGAGGGGGAAAAACACUUAAAAUAGGCAAAGAAAUGGAACAGAAUUAUAUACAUUGGAUUGUUUUGUCUGUACUGUCUGUAUGUUGCUUCCACAGCUGUGAUUUCUAAACCUCUGCUGUUAUUCAACUGACUUUUUUUUUUGUACUUUGACCCACCUUUUUUUGGAAUACCAGUAAAAAACAAAGUUCUUGAAAUAAAACUUUUUAAAAAGCU